ACCACCUCGCAGCUUUCGCUCCAUCUCCCUUCUUGCCUCGCUCUCUUUCGUCGUCGCCGGUACUUCCUGUCGAGCUGAACGUGUCGCCAUGUCGUUCCGCCCAGGAGUCGAGACCGUACGGUUCCGCCGUCCCACGAACAAGCCUGUCGAGCAGAAGGCGCCCGAGAAGGACCAGUUCGGCUCGCUCGCCCCGCAGGGCUGGAAGCGGCGCCACCAGGGCGUGCUGCAAGACCAGCUUCGAAGGCAGCAGAAUGGCCCUAUGGUGCCCUCGUUCUCCGUGGCGCUGAGACUCCUCCUCCUGAUCCGCACCACGGCGGCCAUGUUCGCCAUCAUCUCUGACUGUGAUGAGGUGUUCAACUUCUACGAGCCGCUGCACUACUUUGCACACAACAGCGGCUUCCAGACAUGGGAGCAGUCACCGCAGUACGGCGUGCGCUCGUGGUUCUACGUGCUCCUGCACGCGCCGUUCGCGUACUUUGGCCCCUGGUUGCUCAGCCUCGGCAAGCGGCAGCAGUUCUUCGCCCUGCGCAUGUGCCUCGGCGCCAUCUCGAGCGCAUGUGAGGCUGCGUUUUUCCGUGCCGUGGUCGAGGCCGUCAACGAGCGCGUUGGCCGCUAUCUAUUUUUCGGCAUGGCUCUUUCUGCCGGCAUGUUCAGUGCCAGCGUCGCGUUCCUGCCAUCCAGCUUUGCGAUGUACGCCAACCUGCUCGCCGCCUCGUUCUGGUUCCACCCCGCCACCUCGACCAAUACCGGGGUCAACCGCGCCUUCUUUGCUACGCUCUGCGUCGCAGUUGGUGCAAUAGUCGGGUGGCCGUUCUCCGCCGUUCUCGGCAUCCCCUUUGUCAUCGAGUACGCUCUCCUUCCCGCUGGAGAGGUUGUCCCAGCGGAGGGCAACCAGAAGCUGCUCUGGGGCCAGAAGCGCUUGACCACCCUUCUCGGUGCUAUCGUCGUGGCUGCAGCUGUUGUCGCCAUCCCCGCUAUCGUGGUUGACUCCUGGGCCUACGGUCGUCUCACUUUCCCCUCGCUCAACAUUGUCCUUUACAAUGUGUUUGGAGACAAAGGCCCCGACCUCUAUGGCACUGAACCGUUCUCAUAUUACUUCAAGAAUCUGUUCCUCAACUUCAACUUCUUCCUCCCGCUCGCCCUCAUCUCGCUGCCCGCGCUGGCCAUAACUUACAAGUACGACUUCCGUCGCCUUGGCAAGACGCAGAUGAAGCCCAAGGAAGGAGAGUCGAGCCCGUACACUCUCAUGGUCGUGCGGCUUGCUCCCUUUUACAUUUGGCUGGCGAUCUUCACCUUGCAGCCGCACAAGGAGGAGCGCUUCAUGUUCCCGGCGUAUCCGUUCCUGUGCUUCAACGCGUGCGUCUCUAUUUUCCUCAUCCGUGGCUGGUUGGAGACCGUGUAUGUGAAGGCCACCAAGUCUCCGUACCGCGCGGCCCAGUCGGACCUGUUCUCUUGGUUCACAUUCCUGGCGGUGAUUGUGCCAUCGUUGCUCUCCCUCGGCCGCAGCAUGGGGCAAAUCAAGUUCUAUGGCGCUCCGACAGCCAUCACAAACCACUUCCAGUACAAGACGCUCCCAUCUGUCCUCGAAGGUCUGGGGUACGAGCCGGUCCACGUUCCGGCCGAGCGCAAGGACGAGCCCGUGUGGGACCUCUCGCCCAUCGAGGACUUGGAGGAGCCGCUGCGCGUAUGUUACGGCGCCGAGUGGCACCGCUUCCCCUCCUCGUUCUUGUACCCCAAGGGCAUCGACGUGCAGUGGAUCAAGAGCGAGUUCGACGGCAUGAUGCCGCGCCACUGGGACAACAGCAGCUCGGCUGGCUGGUGGCCACGCUCCGAGACGCGUGCCAUCCACCUCGGUCGCUUCAACGCAGACAACAAAGCCAGCGCCGAACCCGGCACGUAUGUGCCGGUCGACACUUGCAACUACCUCGUCACACUCAAUCUACCUUCGCGCCCGCCAACAAAGGCUGAGCCAGACUACAUAUCGGACCCCGCUUGGGAGACGGAGUUCUGUACAGAGUUCCUCGACGCGGCGAGCUCGCGGGGCUGGGCCCGCUGGAUCUGGCUCCCCGGCGGUAUCUGUGAGCGGCAGCGCGUCUACGGCCAGUACUGCCUCCUCAGGCGGGCGGCAGAUUUAGCUUAGCCUGCUCUCAUCUUGCACUAGAUCGUACACUUCGCACAACAGCACGGACAAAAGUUCCACCACGCAUGCAUCAAUGAAUCGGAG